UUAUCUGGAUGAGUACUAAAUUCAUUUAUCACAAUGUUCUCUAGUGCUGAAAAUGCAUUUGACUGUUUUUAAGGACUUGUAUUCUGACUCUUAAAGGGGAAUUCAUAUUAACUUCUAGAAUAGUGAUUAGCCUUUUAGGGAGGAGAGGGGUAUUUUGGAUUUUCCAGUUAUAAACACGUUUGCCUUUAGGACUCCACUACGAAUUUGACGUGACAUGCUAUACGUAAUGAUGAACAUUGUCAGCAGGUGCAUUAUGACAAAGCAAAGCUGCACAUUCAGUUGUUCAAGCCGAACAUUUUGAAGUAAAUUAAAAGCAUUUGCCAAUCCUUGGGAAUUUCUGAUCAGUCAGAAACCUUGAAGUAUUUUCAUACCUUUGGAGUGAUGACAACAGCAAGUCUAUGGCUCUAGCUGCAGCAGCAGCCUGGUUUUGCUUAAAGGGUUCUUCCAAAAGAAUGGCAAACAACCAGCUCUGCAUUCGACGCUGGACUACAAAGCAUGUAGCUAAAUGGCUGAAAGAGGAAGGCUUCUGUGACUAUGUGGACUUGCUGUGUAAUCAUCACCGUCUGGAUGGUACAGCUUUGUUAGCUCUAACAGAAUAUGACCUGAGAUCACCCCCACUAGAAAUCAAGGUUUUGGGGGAUAUUAAGCGUUUAAUGUUGUCUAUACGCAAAUUGCAAAAACAACAUUCUGGUGUUUUGGAGGAACUGGGUUUAAGCAGUGAGUCUCAAAUAGGGUCACUCAGCAUCAACGCCACACCAAGCUCAGACUGGCUUUGCAAUGGAGAACUCUCUCAGGAGUAUAAUGGACUCGUAAGAGAUUCUGGCAUGGAUCAGCAUCAGUAUUCCAAUGGAAAGACCAAAAAUCCAGCAAAAAGGCUUGAUCCUGAGUAUUGGAAGACUGCAAUCAGCUGUGUUUAUGUCUUCAUAGUGUUUGGGUUUACCUCUUUUGUGAUGGUCAUAGUACAUGAACGUGUUCCUGACAUGCAGACAUACCCACCAUUGCCAGACAUCUUUUUAGACAGUGUUCCUCGAAUACCAUGGGCAUUUGCGAUGACAGAGAUGUGUGGAGUUGUAUUGUGCUACAUCUGGAUGCUUGUACUACUACUUCAUAAACACAGGUCGAUUUUGUUACGUCGAUUGUGCAGCUUGAUGGGAACAGUAUUCCUUUUGCGGUGUGUCACCAUGUUUGUCACAUCACUUUCUGUUCCAGGGCAACAUCUCCAGUGUUCAGGAAAGCUAUAUGAUAACAUCUGGGCAAAACUUCAACGAGCUUUUGCUAUCUGGAGUGGCUUUGGCAUGACACUGACUGGAGUGCAUACUUGUGGUGAUUACAUGUUCAGUGGACACACAGUGGUCCUUACUAUGCUCAAUUUCUUUGUCACCGAAUACACCCCUCGAAGCUGGAACUUUCUGCACACAUUAUCCUGGGUCCUCAACCUUUUUGGUAUCUUUUUUAUCUUGGCUGCACAUGAGCAUUAUUCCAUUGAUGUCUUCAUUGCAUUUUACAUUACCACCCGACUGUUCCUUUAUUAUCACACACUGGCUAAUACCCGUGCCUACCAGCAGAGCCGGCGAGCACGUAUCUGGUUCCCGAUGUUCUCCUUUUUCGAGUGCAAUGUUAGAGGACCAGUUCCUAAUGAGUAUUGCUGGCCCUUUUCCCGACCUGUUUUCCUGAAGAAUUUAUUUAGCUGAACUUUCUGCUAUUAUAAUGCAUAUUGGAAUUUGUCAAGAAAGAAGAAAAGACUAAACAUUAAAUCAUGUUUAGAAUUCAUACUUUUGUUCGCUCACAGUAGGAACACUGAACUUUUCUAAGAAAUAAUGUGUAUAUACACACAGUAAAGAGACUUGUCUACUUUUGUCAAUGGUUUAUUUGUAAUUACACUGGAAACAUGUUAUUUUCCAGAUGGUAAAAGGAUAUGUCACUAUAGAUACAUAUUAAAAAACAAAAUUACAAAUAAAUUGUUUUCAAGGCUAAUAUAAAAUAAGCUGCUGUUGAUCUAAUGACAUACCUAUUUAUAACUUAUUUAGAGUUUGUAAGUACAUUAUUGAGGGGUUUCAAGAGCAAGUUACAGUAUAUCUUCUGUCCACUGACUACUUGUCUUUUGUAUGAUAAUAAGUAGUUCAUGUAUAUGAAAGCAUUACAAGCUAAUGAUGCUUCAAUAAUGACAGGAUCUGAGAUUUGUGGAUUGUAGUUAAGCUCUAGUUGUAGGACAAAAUUAUUUGUUGCAUAACCACCGUAGCAAAGUACCCAAAAAUUUUAAAAAUAAUCCAGCUAUUUAACUGAUUAUUUUUGGUCUGUUUUCUGCCAUUACUUGAAAUUUAUUUUUGUGUUGGGAACUGGUGUGUUACUUUUUAGACAUUUUAAAGCCAGAGAGAAUGAUACUGCAUUGCAUGUGUAUGGAAACGUGCAGGGGAUUGCUUCCAAUUCUAUAUUAUUAUUGCUAAUAAUCAGUGUUAAUUCACCUUAAAACUAUAGUUAUUAUAUUAUGUUGAAUUGUUGAUUUUUUUAAUCAAAAACAGCCCUCAGUUUGCUGUAUAUGAUCCUGCACUGUAAGUUACCUGGCUUCAGGAGGUUUUUAACAUGGCUGCUAUUGUAACUUUAUUAACACUAUAUAUCAGUUAUUUAUUAUAAAUAUUAGUUUUCCGUUAAUGUACAGGUAAGGCAUUUGUUUGCUUUGCAACAGUGUUUUUAACAUUUACUACAUGGGACCCAGAUUAAAUCUAGCAGUCUGCUUUGUGAGCUAUUUUAAUGGAUUUUAGAGUCCGAAAAUCCGCCAUUCAGACCUGCUGAGGUUGUAUAUAAGUCAAUGGCAGCGGUCCCUAUCCUAUUUUGAAGCUUGUGUGGUCUGCGCUGGGAGUAGCACAAAAAGUCAACCUUUUCAGGCAAAAUCCCAAAAAAUUGCAGGAUUAGGCUUUUCACUCGAUUUUAAUGACUUUUAACUGAAACGAUUAAAUCAAGCUUUUUAAAUUUUGAA